AUGUUUAUUGGCGGCCUCAGCUGGGACACAAGCAAGAAGGACCUCACAGAGUACCUGUCCCGCUUCGGCGAGGUCGUGGACUGCACCAUUAAAACGGACCCAGUGACCGGGCGGUCGAGGGGCUUUGGUUUUGUGCUCUUCAAGGAUGCGGCCAGCGUGGAAAAGGUUUUAGAACUGAAGGAACACAAGCUGGAUGGGAAGUUGAUAGAUCCUAAACGGGCAAAAGCCCUGAAGGGGAAGGAGCCGCCCAAAAAAGUGUUUGUUGGUGGGCUGAGUCCAGACACGUCUGAAGAGCAGAUCAAGGAGUACUUUGGUGCUUUUGGCGAGAUUGAAAACAUUGAGCUUCCCAUGGACACCAAGACAAAUGAGAGGAGGGGUUUCUGUUUUAUCACAUACACAGAUGAAGAGCCAGUAAAGAAACUAUUAGAAAGCCGAUACCAUCAGAUUGGUUCAGGCAAGUGUGAGAUCAAAGUAGCCCAGCCCAAAGAGGUAUACAGGCAACAGCAGCAGCAACAGAAAGGUGGAAAAGGAAACUCCUCUGGUGGACGAGGAGGUGGAAGGGGACGUGGACGGGGUCAGGGACAAAACUGGAAUCAAGGAUUUAAUAACUAUUAUGAUCAAGGAUACGGAAACUACAACAGUGCUUACAGUGAUCAAAGCUACAGUGGCUACGGAGGAUACGACUAUUCUGGGUACAACUAUCCUAAUUAUGGAUACGGACCGGGAUACACAGAUUACAGUGGUCAACAAAGCACGUACGGCAAAGCAUCCCGGGGUGGCGGCAAUCACCAAAACAACUACCAGCCAUACUAAAGCAGUACAUAAUACUUGAGGAAACAGGUGUGUGUAUGAGUGCAAGGUCCACUCUUGAGUAUAUGUAAUCUAGUUUAAAGAUCAAUAGACAAAUGAAGAGUAAAAACUUGUGUAGCUUGAUGUUUUCUUUAAUUAAGCUUUUGUUAACUUAAAAAAUACUUCUUUUUUUUUAAACCAGCUUUGCCUACAGUGUCUAUAGAUCUUUAACUUUGUAAAAAUGUGACUUUAUCUUCUUUAGUACUUCAGAAAAACAUAAGAGUUUUUCUGUUUUGCGUUGUGUACCAGGUGGUCUAGAGGAAUAAUUAAACUUAUUAGAAGUAUUAACAGGUAAAGUACUGAAAUGGGUACAACUUAAGGAAAACAAGAAUGUUGUCUUCUAACUCUGACAUUAUACCUUGUUUGUACCCGCCAGCGGGAACUUCAUUGCAGGCCGUGUGUCACCCUGACCACGUCUAUCUCUGGGGUCGCACGUUGCAGGCAGAGCGCAAGGCAUACACCAGAAAACGCUGUCCUGUGGUAUGGUCUCUUCCAACUUCAUGUACCAGCGUAAAGAUUAAAGUGGAAAACUUCAGACUUUGGCUUCUUUUUUAAUCUUUUUGGAGAUUAAGUGUCUUAACUUAAAUGGUUUUUUACAGGAGUUAAAGUACAUAAAUGCCUUUACAGCUUAAUCAUUUGGUCUUCUGUUUAGUGUUGUAUUUCAAUUGUGGAACCUCAUUUUAAGUGUGCAUUCUUUAAGAUUUAAUGCUUGCUUUUUUUCUUUUUAUAGCUAAUAGUGAAAUCUGCAAACCAAAACGAACUUUAAAAUCUGGAUAAAUAUUAAAGAUCAUAUGCACGUGAACUGUCUUUGGAAUAUUUUGAAUAAAAUGCAUCUGACAUUGAAGUUAUUCAGAUGAAUUAACAAUAAACAGGAAACCCUUGGCAGAGUUUCCAGUUAAAAAACAGAUCCGGAGCCUAAUUAAUAGUUUAACUUGAUUAUGUGGCCUUCUGGAACAGCUUCUUCAAUGGGUUGAAUGGCUGUAUUUGGGAAAUUAAAUGAUUUGAUGGGUGGUAACAUAACCUCUUGUUACCUUAAUAAAUAUGCAUAUGAUCUUUAACAGUGAAGAAAGGAAUAUAUAGAAGACUUAAAGCAGUUCAUGAAAAUGGACCUUUUAACAAUUCUUGUUAAAACUUGCACACAUCUGACAUGUACUUUGUCUUGGUUUGUAGGUGGAGAUACUGCAUCAAAGCCAUCUUGCAGCGCAUCAGGAGUGAAUGGAGAGUGGUCUUCGUGACAUGAAAAUGACUAUUUUGUAAAAGACUUUUAGUGUAUGACACAACUGUGUCCAACUGUAUAUAGCGGCCGAUUAGUUUUCUUUUAUGGUUUUUACUUUUUGCCAUUCAUGUUAUGACACAAUGUGGACUUGUGUUUAUACAAACUUUAUUUGUAUAAUUUCAUGUUAAAGGAUUCUCUAAUAAAUGCUUACUUAAGUGACUUU